UUAUUUAUUUCUUUGUUUCACGAGCAUAAAAACAGCCACAAUGGUGGGUAAUUGGAACAAGUGGGGGCAUUAGGAUGAGCGGGUGACGUUUCCAGUCCCAGUUACCAGAGCUAUAUCAACAGAGAAUCAACAGGGGGAGGAUGAAGCGGCGCAAUGCGGACUGCAGCAAACUCCGACGGCCGAUAAAACGGAACCGAAUCACCGAGGGUAUAUAUAGCAGCACGUUCCUGUACCUGAAGUUCCUGGUGGUGUGGGUUUUAGUUCUGCUGGCCGACUUUGUGCUGGAGUUCAGGUUCGAGUACCUGUGGCCUUUCUGGCUUUUCAUCCGAAGUGUCUACGACUCCUUCAGAUAUCAGGGUCUGGCGUUCUCCGUUUUCUUCGUUUGUGUGGCGUUUACGUCGGACAUCAUAUGCCUCCUCUUCAUCCCCGUCCAGUGGUUGUUUUUUGCAGCCAGCACCUACGUAUGGGUCCAGUAUGUCUGGCACACAGAGAGAGGAGUCUGUCUGCCCACCGUUUCGCUGUGGAUCCUGUUUGUGUACAUCGAAGCUGCCAUACGGUUCAAAGAUCUGAAGAAUUUCCAUGUAGAUCUCUGUCGACCCUUUGCUGCUCACUGUAUCGGCUACCCGGUGGUGACCCUGGGCUUCGGCUUCAAGAGCUACGUGAGCUAUAAGAUGCGACUGAGGAAACAGAAAGAAGUGCAAAAAGAGAACGAGUUUUACAUGCAGCUCCUACAGCAGGCGUUACCGCCGGAGCAACAGAUGCUGCAGAGACAGGAGCGAGAAGCAGAAGAAGCUGCCUUAACCAAGGGAAUCUCUGAGGUAGAACCCACAGUCGUUUCCCAGAACGGAGCGCCACCUGGGAAGAAAAGCUCUUCGGUCACUUUGCCGGAGCUGGAGUAUCGUGAAAAGGGGAAGGACAGUACGGCAAAGGAGCGAGAGGGCAAAAAACAGAACACGGUGGGAAUCAAUAACAACAGUAUUAUACAUACACUGGACUCCAAGCUACAGGAGACAGAAUUUAUCGAGAACUACGUCGGGACAAAGAGACUGAACAACGACCUGGCAGGGGAGAACACGCUCGCCGACGGGAGCGCGCACACGGCUGCGAAAGAGGAAAUGGGGGGAACGGGAAAGAACUACAAAAAUGCCGGCGGGGGCACCAACUCGUCCCCACGCAACCACAGCUCCACAAACGGCAGUCUGCCGUCGGGCUCCUCGGCCAAUAAGAACGAGAAGAAGCAGAAGGGGUCGGGGAAGGGGCAGAAGGAUCCGGUGGAGAACUGUAUUCCUAACAACCAGCUGGGAAAGCCGGACACCCUGGUCCGGUUGGAGCAGGACGUGAAGCGCCUGAAGGCAGACCUGCAGGCCAACAGGCAGCUGGAGUCUGAGCUGCGCAGCCAGCUCUCCUCUCUGAGCAGCCAGGACCGCAGCCUGCGCUCCGAACUGGGCCUGCUGCGACAGGACAACGAGCUGCUGCAAAACAAGCUUCACAGUGCUGUCCAGGCCAAGCAGAAGGACAAGCAGACGAUAUCCCAGCUGGAGAAGAGGCUGAAGGCCGAGCAGGAGGCCCGAGCUCUGGCUGAAAAACAGCUGGCCGAGGAGAGAAAGAGGAAGAAGAUGGAGGAGGCCAGAGCUGUAGCUUUAGCUGCUGCUACCAGAGUGGAGUCCACUGAUUCUCUUCGAGGUCGUAUCAGAGAGCUGGAGACGGAGUGCAAGAAGCUCAGCAUGGACAUGAAGCUCAAGGAGGAGCAGAUAAGGGAUCUGGAGGGAAAGUGUCAGGAGCUGCGCAAGUAUAAAGAGAACGAGAAGGACACAGAGGUGCUGAUGUCGGCGCUGUCAGCCAUGCAGGAGAAGACCCAGCAUCUGGAGAACAGCCUCAGUGCUGAGACCAGGAUCAAACUGGACCUGUUCUCUGCACUGGGAGAUGCCAAGAGGCAGCUGGAGAUAGCACAAGGCCAGAUCCACCAGAGGGAGCAGGAGAUUGUGGAGCUGAAGCAGAAGAUAGCAGAGGUCAUGGCGGUGAUGCCCAGCCUGUCCUACUCUUCAGACGGCAGCAACCUGAGCCCAGUCACCCCGCACUACUCAUCCAAGUUCAUGGACAAUAGUCCCUCCUCCCUGGACCCCAACGCCUCAGUCUACCAGCCCCUGAAGAAGUGACUCUUUUCGUCCGACACGUCGUCUCCCUCUCCUUGUUUUACCGUCUCUUCUAGUUUGGGUUACUUUCAAGUUUACCAGCCUUUACCAGCCCCGUGACAAGAUUUUGCACUUAGCGCACACAGACACACGAAGCUCCUCCCAUUUUCUUCUAAAGGGGGUUUUCUCUACGUUGUUCAGAGGGGAGCGGUUUUAUUACGAGAACUCUUAUUUUGACGGGGCUGCGUACAAUUGGUCGGCCAGAUGUCUACAGACGAGCCAUCAUGCAUUGCUUUAUGUCAGUUCUCUUUCCAGCGUGACCACGUUUCUUCACACCCAAGUGUUUAAUUUAACGGAACGAAUUUCUAUUGGGUUUUAAUGAUGGUUUAAAGGGGACGGAGGGCACGUUUUCAGUUGGGUCGACCCGAGGCCGCCCCGUGAGAGGUACAUGAAUGUAAAACUGUUCAUGUUUGGAUAUAUCUGCGUUAACUUCGAUUGGUGAUUGUUUCGUAUUGUUCAGUUCGACAAUGUGCAUAUAUCUGAAACGGUGAUGUUGAAUUCUGUCGCUCGGAUCCGCCGUCUGCUCACACCCGAACGUUGGCGAAUCGGUGAGGCGGACGAAUUAGACGUAGCUUCGCCCGUCGGAAGACAGCUGCUCGAUUAGGCCCGGCACUGCCAAAAAACGUUACAUUAAGGUUCACCCGCCUCUCCACAAACGCUGUUCCCUCUUAUUUCCGGACCAAAUUGGGCUACACUAGGCCACGUCGCUCGCUGGAUUCAAUGAUGUCGAGGUAACUGCUCGUUACCAUGAUUUGCAGACUUAACAGUGCCUUGCAGAAACCACUUGCUUCGCAAUCGCGGGAUAUCAGAGCGUCUCUGUUCAAAGCCGCACUACUCUCAUCUCUCUGGCUCAAACAUGCCUAGUUUUUAUUUGAAUGGUUAAAAAAAAAAUAUUGCAGACCUUUUCAAGUCAGUAUUAAAAGGAAAAACAAACAAAAAAAACAACAAAAAGAAAAAUGGCAUUUUAAAUGUGACCAUUGCAGCUAGAUGACAGCCGUUCAGCAGACACAAAUGGAAGACAAACAAAAUGACACGGGAUGUGGUACAAGUCCAAACGCCAACCCAAGCUGAUUGUCUCUUAUCAUGCCCUCGAGCUGGCAUCUUGUUUACAACAAUGUACAUUGAACUUACUGGGGAAUGUUUCCUUUGCUUAUUUAACUUCCGUUCUUAAGUGCCAAGUGUUGAUGUUGGGUUCCCAUCCGUACUUUGAUUGAUGUAGCUAGCAUAAUGUUUGCAGCAGCGUGCUGUUCUUUUUAUGUCAUUAGAACAUAUUUGGAUGGUGUUGUGUUUACAUGGUUCUGGGCUGAUCACGGUGAUGCAGCGGAUGGUCAGUUGGACACAUUGUGUUGAUUCACAUUUUUUAUUUAUUACUUUUUUUUUUUUCUUUUUUUUUUUACAGAUUAUUUUUAAAAUGACAGGCACUUGCUUGAUAUUUCCCAUCUUAUGCGUUUUUAUUUCCCUGUAUUUUUUAUUUUUUUUGACCAGGAAGGAUUCUGUGAAUAUGUUUCAUAAAAGGGAAAAGGUUCCAACCUGAACCAUUUGACCAUCCUGUGUUGUCACUUCGCCUACCUUAAAAGGGAAAAAAAAAAAAAAAAAGUAUUGUUUGUGGAUCGCUCUUGCAUUGUAACUUAAGUUCUCAAGUUGCUUUUACAAGUUUGUGUAGAAGGAAGUGAAAAGGUUUAAAAAAAAAGUGCUUUGUUUUAUCUUUUUAUUGUUCUGCCAUGUUUUAUUUUAUUCACUCAAAGUGAUGGUGGCAGUGUCACACGGUUCACUUUGAGCCUCACCAUUAAAGAAAGUCUUGCUGGUGGCAUUGCAAGCC